CGGGCCGGGCCGGGCCUGCCCCGCCCCCUCACCGCGCCCUUCCCGCCCCGUGUCCGCUAACGCCGUCUCUGCGCGCAGAAGCCGCGGCCGGGCCAUGGUGCCAGUGUGCUGGGGGGCGGCCGGCCCCCUGCUGCGGAUGGCGGGGGCCAGCUGGAGACCGCUUCUCGUCAGCGUCACCCGGAGCCGCAGUUGCCAGGCGGGGGGGGCCCUGGCUGUCAAACAGCGCGGCUAUGACGUCACCAGGAACCCCCAUCUCAACAAGGGAAUGGCUUUUACACUUCAAGAGAGGCUGCAGCUGGGAAUUCAUGGCCUUCUUCCUCCUUGCUUCUUAAGCCAAGAUGUUCAAGUCCUCCGUGUGCUGAAGACCUAUGAGAACAAAUCGAACGACCUAGACAAGUACAUUGUCCUCAUGACCUUGCAAGACAGGAAUGAGAAGCUCUUUUACCGAGUGCUGACCUCCGACAUCGAAAGGUUCAUGCCCAUCGUUUACACCCCGACAGUUGGCCUGGCUUGUCAGCAGUAUGGUUUGGCUUUCAGGAGACCACGGGGGUUGUUUAUCAGCAUCCAUGACAAAGGCCAUAUUGCAACAAUGCUAAACUCUUGGCCUGAAGAAAAUAUUAAGGCUAUCGUGGUGACAGACGGAGAGAGGAUUCUCGGCUUAGGAGAUCUGGGAAGUUAUGGCAUGGGUAUCCCGGUGGGGAAGCUUGCCUUGUACACAGCUUGUGGUGGAGUUCACCCACAACAAUGUCUCCCUGUCCUGCUGGAUGUUGGCACAGACAAUGAGGCUCUCCUGAGUGAUCCACUCUAUAUUGGACUGAAACACAAGAGGGUUCGUGGGAAACAGUACGACGAGCUGAUUGAUGAGUUUAUGCAGGCAGUUACCAACAAGUACGGCAUGAAUUGCCUGAUCCAGUUUGAAGACUUCGCCAAUGCCAACGCUUUCCGGCUGCUCCACAAGUACCGCCACAGCUACUGCACCUUCAAUGACGAUAUUCAAGGCACUGCGUCCGUUGCGGUCGCCGGCAUCUUUGCAGCCUUGAGGAUCACGAAGAACAAACUCUCUGACCACAAGUUUGUUUUCCAGGGAGCAGGAGAGGCUGCAAUGGGCAUAGCUCAUCUCAUCGUCAUGGCCAUGGAAAAGGAAGGGACUUCACGAGAAGAUGCCAUCAAAAAGAUUUGGAUGGUGGACUCCAAGGGACUGAUUGUGAAGGGCAGGAGCCACUUGAACCACGAGAAAGAAAUGUUUGCCCAGGACCACCCCAGUGUGAGCACGCUGGAAGAGGUUGUGCAGAAAGUGAAGCCUACAGCACUUAUAGGUGUAGCAGCUGUUGCAGGGGCUUUCACUGAGAAGAUUCUGAAGGACAUGGCAGCCUUCAACGAGAGGCCAAUCGUGUUUGCCCUGAGCAACCCCACGAGCAAAGCGGAGUGCACCGCGGAGCAGUGCUACCGCCUCACCCAGGGCCGGGGAAUAUUCGCAAGCGGGAGCCCCUUCCCGAAGGUCACCCUGCCCAGCGGACAGAGCUUCUGCCCCGGCCAAGGCAACAACGCCUACGUCUUCCCAGGAGUGGCGCUGGGAGUGAUUGCUGGCGGAGUUCGGCACAUCUCCGAUGACGUCUUCCUCCUCACUGCAGAGUCCAUUGCUGCUCAGGUGACAGAGCAGAACCUUGCAGAAGGAAGACUCUAUCCCCCCUUGAGCAGCAUCAGGGAGGUGUCUCUCAAGAUCGCUGUGAAAGUUGUUGACUGGGCCUACAAGCAUGGUCUUGCUUCGUGGUACCCUGAGCCAGCAGACAAGGAAGCCUUUGUGAAGCAGUUCAUAUACAGUCCUGACUAUGAUUCAUUUGUUGUUGAUGAUUACAAGUGGCCCUCUGCAGCCAUGCAAAUACAGAAUGUCUAAGCUUUUGUGAGAACUGUUUUCCACUCUACCAUCAGUUCCCAUGGUUCAUGUCAUUGCUGGUAUCAGUGCACCUCCAGGCCUGCAGGAUGAUGAAAGUAAAUGAA